UCUACAAAGAAAUAUUGAUUUAGAAUGUAUCAAAUUACAUAAAUACAGCUUCAAAUAAAAAUGUAUUUGGUGGUUAAUUGGGCAACUGAAGCCAAAUCAUUAACCAAAUUCCAUUUGGUAUUACAAAGAAUGAACCCUGUGUCUGUCAAACCCAGUGUGGUGUCUUUCUACCCUGUCACACUUGGCCACAUUGGAGGAGACUGAUUCUCCAGCUUCCUAAUCCCCAAGCAUCUGUAUGUUGCCUUGUGUUUGUGAAUAGGAGAACAUGCUUAAUGAAACUCUCCCUGCAAACACCUGCAAACGAAUGAAUCAAUGUGACCUACUGGCUGCUUUGAAUGUCAUUUAUCAAAAGUGCAAUUAGUGAUGUGACCUGUGUAAACACAAAAGCUAUUCUGGUUGACAUGCAAACUGUUGGCUAUUCCCAAUGCAAAUGAAUGAAUGUUAUUAUUAUUAUUAUUGUGCAAUUUCGACUCACCUGAUGUGUAGAGAACCUGUUUGGAGCUUCAGAAGAAGGUUGGGAGUGAGCUGAUCUCUGUGAAAUAAAGGAAAACUGUCAGGCAUUAUUUCCAGCAAGAAAUCUCGGAACAAUUCUGGAGUUUUCACAUUGAGCAACUUUUCUGAACCCUCUAAUUGGUGCUGUACUGACUCCUUCACACAGGAUUUACUAAUACACCUGUGCACACCGUGUCACUAUGAAUUCUGCUGUGAUUGGCACAACUGUGCAUUGCAUAUUGACAUGUGCUGGAGUCCUGAGCAACCUGCUGAUCAUUCUCUGCCUGCUGCUACCUUGGGGAGGAGAAGGACAGGUGAAGGGAAGUGGUGCUGUGAACCUGGCUGUGGGCUCUGUGGCCGGAUCCAACGUCCUCCUUUGCUUGUCAUCGACGCUGUGGUUCAUAUUGGCAUUCCUGAAUAAAUGCCAGCAUCAGUGGGCUUGUAAAACCAUUCUCUACAUCUUGGUGGUCUCUAUAUACACCAGCAUCUGGUUCACCUCUCUGCUGUGCGUUUUCUACUGCGCUAAAAUCCUCCCAGCUCAAUCCAGCCUCUUCUUCAGGAUCAAAAAGAACAUCUCGCAGUGGUUGCAGUGGGGCCUCGUGGUCAGCCUGGUCAUUAUCUGCACGAUGUCCAGCUAUUUCCUUGUGCUGGAUGUCUAUCCUUCAAACUCCACCCUCUAUAAUACCACUGCUGUCAAUUCAUCAGGUGCCGACUUGUCUCAACAAAAUACUACCAGCGUAUUUUUUGGACUCUGCUAUUUCUUUCUGGUGGCCCUCCCAGUUGGUUUAAUGGUAAGCUCUUGCGUGGCAAUCCUUGUUUACUUAUGCAAACACGUCCGUAGAAUGGAAAGUGGCUCCAGUGAAUUCUCCAGCCCCCAACUGGAGGGCCACAAGCGAGUCAUUUGGAUGAUUGCCACUCAGGUGAUUCUCUAUUGUCUCUGCAUCCUUGUCAUAAACUUGACUAAUGCCAUCGACUAUCUCUCCUCCAUAACCACCAAUGCUAUUUUCAACCUGGCUCUGUGCUGCUACGCCUUUGGCACGUCUGUAAAUUGCAUUGUCAGAAUUAGCCACUUGAACCGGAGAGUGUCUCACCUGGGCAAGAGGUUGACCUCUUAUGGUUCGUUAUUGUGCCGUGGGUGUCUUGCUAGCUACCAGAGCAAUCCGAGCGCUUCUGGUCAGAAUCAGAAUAGAGCUAACCAAUAAUGAAACAAUACAAUGUUCUUAUAUCUUCUUAUAUAGCAAAGUCACUCCCUUUUUCAAAUCCAUUUCUGUGCCUCUUAUUAGCACAGGAAGCAUUCUCGCUACCCCUUUAACAAUGUGCUAACUAAAGUCUUAAAAAUCUAUUUCCUUUCCUCGGACUGGUACCAGUAACAUUAUUAGCUAACCCCCUUUAGGAGUGUAAACCAAUGCUUAAAAGGCAAUUUCUUGACUUUCUGAUUUUUGAUUUUCAAGCAAAUUUAUCACUGCUUCCCCGUUGAUUGUGAUGAAAAUCUUUCUUAGUAUGUGCAUCCUUUUUUUUUUGCAUUUCUAUAAAAAAAAAUGUAUGCUUUGAUCCAACCUCUGCACUGUCAGAAGGAGAGCUGUAAAAGAAUCUGUAGUGAAAUACAUUGUUUAUUUAAUUGGAAAUAGACUUUGUCAAUCCAAUGAGGAUUCAUGAUUACAAAGUCAGAAAUAGACAGGCUCUCUAAAUGUGUUGAAAGUCCUGUCACCCUAAUGUUCUCAUCCAGACUAGAAAGAUUGUUGAAGUUUUCUGUAUAUCAGUCAUGGGUUUUUAUUGUUAAGCUGUGGACACAAGUGUCAUUAGACAGAUCUGAGUUGUGUGCUUUUUAAAUUUUUAUCAAGAUUAGAGGAAAUUAAAAGAUUAUAAAUGGUAAGCAUUAGGCUCUCUUUGACUUUUCAGUGUAUUUAAUACUUAUAUUUA